AUGAAACUGCUGCCUUUCCUAGUUCUGAUUUCCAGUCUGCUGGACUAUGGCUGCACUUCUGCAAGCUGCAACAUGACAUGCCACAAAGACGCCAGGUGUGAAGUUCAGGGUGGGACAACAGGCUGCUAUUGCUCCCAAGGAUAUACAGGAAAUGGCAUAACAUUCUGUUACGAUGAUAAUGAAUGUGAAAAUGCUACUCAGCCUUGUGGAGAGCAUGCCAAUUGCACAAACACGGUGGGAAGUUAUUUCUGCAUGUGUGCGCCUGGUUUCAAAUCCAGCAAUGGUCAACAAACUUUUGUACCUAAUGAUGGAACCUCCUGUGUGGAUGUAGAUGAGUGCAGCAAUGAAGGAACUGUUGCCUGUGGAGAUCAUGCAAAAUGUGAAAACGUGGAUGGAGGGUUUAACUGCUCCUGUAAGGAAGGUUAUCAACCAUCCACAGGAAAAUUACAGUUUAAGCCAAAUGAUGGCACUUCCUGCCAAGAAAAUCCAAAGGCCAAGUGUGAGUUAUACAAAGAUUGCGUAACUGAACAUAUUAAUAGAACUUUAGCUGGAAUCAAUAAUUUAAAAACACCCCUGGAGAUGCUGCAAGAAAUUAAUAAGAAUACUUUGGGACCACUUUUACCUGUAGAUGUGAUUUCAUAUGUUGAAGCACUGUCUUAUUCAUCGCUGAAUACCAAGCAUUACUCUGUUUCUGACAAUGAAGCACUUCGUAAUACAACCAUUAACGUUUUCAUUAACACUGUGAACAACUUUUUACAAAAAGACAAAAUUACAGCCUGGGAAGCUCUUCCUGUAGAUAACCAGAGACGGAGUCUGACUAAGCUGAUGCACACUGCAGAACAAGCGACACUUCUCAUGUUGCAGAACUUCAAAAAGACAACACAGCUAGAUGCUAAUGCAAGUGACAUAGCACUCAAGGUUUUUGCUUUUGAUUCACACCACAUGAAACACAUUCACCCUCAUGUAUACACGGGGGGAGACUACAUAAAGAUCUCUCCAAAGAAGAGAGAGGAAUCUCAUCCUAAUGGCACCAUUGCAGUCGUCUUUCUGCGGUAUAGAAAUAUUGGUUCUUUGCUUUCAUCUCCUAAAAACCAUUCCUUAAAAGAUACUUCGGAGCAGAGACAGACAGUAAGCUCAUCAGUUAUAGCUGUUGCAAUUAGCUCAAAUCCACCUACACUCUAUGAGCUCGAGAAAAUAACAUUUACCUUAAAGUAUGCCAAGACUGCGGAUAAAGAUAUUAAAUGUGCAUUUUGGAACUACUCAGCAGACACAAUGAAUGGCAACUGGGCUACAGAAGGCUGUGAGCUGACACAUUCCAACUCCACUCAUAUCUCAUGCAAAUGUAAUCAUCUGACUCAUUUUGCUGUUUUGAUGUCCUCAGGCGGCUCUGUUGGUGUUACAAAUUAUAACAUUCUUACAAGAAUCACUCAGCUAGGAAUAAUUAUUUCGUUGAUUUGCCUCUCCAUGUGCAUUUUUACAUUCUGGUUCUUCAGUGAAAUUCAAAGCACUAGAACGACAAUUCACAAAAACCUCUGCUGCAGCCUUUUCCUGUCGGAACUUAUUUUUCUGAUUGGAAUUAAUAUGAACAACAAUAAGCUCUUCUGUUCAAUUACUGCUGGAUUACUCCAUUAUUUCCUUCUAGCUGCUUUUGCAUGGAUGUGCAUUGAAGGCAUUCACCUCUACCUUAUAGUUGUGGGAGUCAUCUACAACAAGGGUUUCUUGCACAAAAAUUUCUAUGUCUUUGGCUACGUCAGUCCAGCUGUGGUUGUAGGAAUCUCUGCUGCACUGGGAUACAAGUACUAUGGCACCACAGAAGUAUGUUGGCUCAGCACAAAGAAUAACUUUAUAUGGAGUUUUAUAGGACCAGCAUGUCUAAUAAUUCUUGUAAGUAUAAUUUUCAUUUUUUAUUGUAGUACAUAA